CGGGUGUGAGGCCGCUGCCAGCAGUAGGUCCGCCCGCGGCCUGCGAGCACCUCUCUCGCUGUCUCCCCGCCGACGGGGACGGAAUGGAGACGGAGGCGUUGUUGCUGGAGGCUCGCGAGAGCGUCGAGGCGGCGCGCACCUACCGCCGCGAGCUGCAGCAGCGCUUGAAGGGGCUGCAGCUGGCACGGCAGCAGAUCAAAGAGAGUGCGGCACUGACAAGGGAUGUACUUGAACAGCAUUUUAACGACUUGAAAGGGACCUUGAGGAAGCUUCUGGAUGAGCGGUUGGUCUCCUUGCUGCAAGAAGUGGAUGCCAUAGAAGAGGAGAGCAUCAAACCGUUGGAUGAGUGCCGGAAGCUAAUAGAACAGGGCGUUGGCACUGCUGAUGAACUCCUCCGGGAAGGAGAAACUGUCAUCCAUGGUGUAACAGGGGAGGAGAGUGACAAGCUGUGCAGCUUUACCAAAAAGGCGUUGCAUAUUCAGCUGGAUAGUUUGCCAGAAGUACCAUCCUUGGUUGAUGUGCCUUGUUUAUCUGCCCAGUUGGAUGACUCUCUCCUUACAGUAGUGAGAAAUCAGAUCUUUAACCAUGGAACAGUAGCAUCUCGACCACCAAUACAGAUAGAAGAGCUGAUUGAGAAGCCGGGGGGCAUCAUUGUUAAGUGGUGCAAGGUCGACGAGGACUUUGUGCCACAAGAUUACAGACUCCAGUAUCGCAAGAGUACGGCCAGCCACUUUGAAGAUGCGUAUGUCGGCUCGGACACAGAAUUCAUAGUGCUCCAUAUCGAUCCAAAUGUCGAUUACCAGUUCAGGGUUUGCGCACGAGGAGAUGGCCGCCAAGAAUGGAGCCCAUGGAGUGUUUCUCAGACUGGUCGUUCCACCUUGGUGCCCCACGAAUGGACGCCUGGCUUUGAAGGCUACAGCUUGAGCAGCCGAAGAAACAUUGCGCUUCGAAACGAUUCACAAGUGGGUGGGGUGCUGUACUCCAGGGCUCCAACCUACUAUUGCGGUCAGACAUUGACAUUCCGAAUUGAAACAGUUGGUCAGCCGGACAAAAAAGACAGUAUAGGUGUUUGUGUGGCGCAGCAGAAUGGCGCCGAUUCCCUGCAGAGAGAUAAAGCAGUUUGCGUGAGCACCAACGGUGCCGUCUUCGUGAACGGAAAAGAGAUGACAAACCAGUUGCCUGCGGUUACUUCAGGAUCAGCUGUGACAUUUGACAUGGAAGCUGUGAAUUUAGGCCCUUCCAAUAAUAAUAAUGAAGGGGGGAACUUCAAACUCAGAGUGACAAUUGGCUCCAACAACAGGGAAGUGGUCUUUGACUGGGUACUCGAUCAGUCCUGCGGUUCUCUUUAUUUUGGGUGUUCGUUCUCCUAUCCAGGCUGGAAAGUGCUGGUGUUCUAACUUUUCCACCUCUGAAAUGAUGCCGACUGUUUUUAAACUGUAUCAUUCCUCCAGUGGUUGGACUAGAUGAUGCAGCGAUUAACUAGUGCAGGCUCUGAGUACACUGGUGUGAGUCUGUGCAGGAGGGGAGUUCCCUAACGCAACCUGCCUAUGUGAUACAACAUUACUUGAACUAUUUACUGG